AAGGGGGAAUUUAUUUGUUUGGGGGGUGUUCGACCGGGCUAUGCAUACAGAGUCUGGCGUAAUCGAGAUCUCUGCGAGAGAGUAGUAGAUCGCAGACAGUGUAGAUCGCAGACCAGGAGAGAGGAGUGCAGGAGAUCCUAGCCGAUUCUACCACACAGUCGGGCUUGGACCUUGGUUGAAGAGGCUAGUUCCAUUUCAAAGUGGCACCGCCCGCGUUGUAUCCUGUUCGUAGCCAGGUAGCUGUGAAGAGGAUGCGAACCCAUCGUCCGAUAUUGCUUCUUGCUUUUGGUAUAGGGCUGAAAUUCUUCGGCAAAUGGCACACAUGGAGUCGGGGGCGAGCGGCUGCCAAGAAGGCGCGCUGUACCCCCUUGCGAGCAUGUACGAGGUUGCCCGAAAUGCCGCCUGCCGUUUGGUAGAUUGGAAGAAGACCCUUGGACCAAAGCAGCCCGGAGAAUCGGCGCGCAGUCCCAGACUGACGGCCGGUGGCAUGAAGCAAGAUCGACUUCGGACCAAGUGUCACGUGACGCAAACGUGACGAAAUUGCCAAUUUGCGCCCUCGGCCCGACCUCUUGGCUAGAAAUGACUCCCCCGAUGCUCGGUUUGAACAUCUCGCAAGCUGGCGUCGCUCGCAUAACUGUGACAGGGCGAUCCUCCCCUCGACGGAAGGGAGAUCCAGAGCAGCUCCUGCUCUGCCCGCCGCCUGGCUGUUUGGCGACAGCAGAAGCCCGCGCAACUGCGUGGGUCCGCGCCACAGGUAGAGACGUUGAGCUUGGCAAUGAUUUGGUUGUCGUUCGGUCACGGGGCCUGGCGAGGUAGGAGCAGUGCCGAUGCGGCGAAUAGUCGUGCUUAGCUUCCUAGGCACCCGCAAAUGUGCCCUCAACGCGAUGCGUCGGCCGGCGGCGCGAGAGGAGGGCCGUGCGGCCCCGUCGGUGCGCCGCGCUGUCGCUCCGCCGCUAGCCGAGCCAAGGCACGCCAUCGCCAUCGGGGUGGCGAUGGAUGCGUGCUGGCGAGGGUCGGGGCGGCGGUCCUGACGCGCCGCUGCGUGGCCGCAGUGGCGCGCUCGACGCCGUGCGUCGAGUAGAGGAGCCGCGACGAGGGCGAGGCCGCCCUGUCGCCGCGUGGCGAGCCAGGCCUGUCCGCCGAGCCGCUGCGAGCCGCUUGCCCGUAAGACGGCGUCGGCAGCGUGUGCAGCUGGCGAGGCGGUGGCCGCAUUCGGC